GGCUGCUGGGAUUUAAAACUGGAGCUGGUGUUGCAAGUGCCCGCUAUUCACAGAGUCGUGCAGACAGUGUGCUAGUACAGCACAGCGCGGCAGUCUCCAGCCCCUCUUCAUCGUUUAUCUUGUCUUCUCGGUCCCCAAAGGGAGGUGUUUCAUCAGAGGUAGAGAGUUUGGGGAAGGGGGUGUUCUUCCUUGCAUUUGCUGAGCGCAUCUACACCUCCUGCAGGAAAACAAAAUGAUCCCAUUGGGAUUUUUCACUUUCUUUUUACUCGCGAUCCGAGGGUUCUCCUCUCCUGUGCCCACUGAUCAAUCGACAGCCGAUGCUAAGGUGAUGAAAUGCGUUGUGGAGGUCAUCUCCGACACUCUGUCCAAACCCAGUCCUCUACCGGUCAGCCAGCACUGCAUGGAGAUUCUGAGAGGAGAUGACAGAAUAAUCUCAGUACUUCGACACCAGAAUCUAUUGCGGGAAUUGCAAGAACUUGCUGCUGAAGGAACCAAUGAGAAAGCUCUACAAAAAAAACAGAGCGAUGAUUACAAAGACAGCCUAUCUGUUACACGCGAGAGUCACGUUGACAAAAAGACAUCAUCAGCAGGUAAAUUACAUGAGAUCACCACAAAAGAACAGCAAGGAUCAUCUGAUGAGAUAUUUGGAAUGAAGGACAAAGAGCUUCAAGACAGCAAAGAGGAGACACCACCAAAUGUAAGUGGACACAACUUUCUGAACAUGAAGGAUACAACUCCAGAUAGCAGUGAUAUGUCAAUGGAAAAAGAAGACAUAAAAAGACAGGAGCCAAGGAAGCAUGGCUCCUCUGAAAGUGAGUCUGCCAUAGAACAGUCCCAGAAUCAGAGCCAAAGUGAUGAGCAUAGUUUGGAGGAAAGUGAGCCAAAUGAAGAUGGGGACACUCAGGAAGAAGAAAUGGAUGAAGACCAAAUCAAAGAGAGUGAUGAAGACUAUGAGGUGGAAAACUACAGUGACAGUAGAAAUGAGGAACAGGCUAAUGGUGAAGAGCCUUCAGAUGAUAGAGGAGAUGGAAGAAACAUGGAAGGAAGAAGAAACCAUAUUGAAGGCAGUGAACCUUCAGAGGUGAAGGUUGAUAAGACAUACUCUGAGGAAGAAAUAAGGUCCAACGAUAAUAGCAUGACCCACCAAAAUUCAGAGGAUGAAGACAUAGAGGAUGAAUACUCAAACAUAAGUGGUGAAAAUUAUGGGCUAUCUAAAGAAGAGCUGGAGGAGAGAAAAAAGUGGAAGAUGAUUGGGGAACUGGACCCAGAACAAACCCAUGGAGAAACGAACGAUGAAAAACUAGGUCCCUUAGAGGGAAAAGGUAACUUUGCAGGACCUGGAAAUGCCAAAGCACACAACGAACAGAAUCAUUUCCAACAUUCAUGGGGCAACAGAAGAUCUCACACUGACGAAGACAUCAGGCAAAAAGGGAAGGAAGCUAUUUCAUCAUCAGUGCGGAAAAGGCUUGAAAAUGAAAAUAAGAAGGAGAAAGAAGAAGAAGGAAGUGCCAAUAGGAAAAAUGAGGAACAAGAAAUGGAGAACCUCGAAGCAAUUGAAAGUGAACUGGAAGCCAUGGCACAGAGAUUACACCAAAUGCGCAGAAAUUAAACCAAGCUCGGUAAUAAUGAAACAACUAUCAGCACCUUCAAACAUAUGUUUUGUUUGAAUAGUAACAUUUUAACCAAUUUACCACAAUUGCUAGUGUGUUCUAGUGGUCUACAGACUACCUUUGUUUGUCUUUGAGGUGCUGCUAAUCGCUUGCUUGCUUAAUCAUUUUCCACGAUUAAUUUAAUAAAAUGCACCAAGUUCUGUUGCACCCUUUUUUUCUAAAAUAACUGAAUCAGUUUUCAAUGUUUUUCUUUACAUUUAAAAUUCAAUGGCUUUUAGAAUAUCCUAUUGAAGAAGUGAAACUCAAGUUAAAAUCUUAUUGUACUUGGUAAAAGUUUGUACCAAGUCAGACUAAUUAUAUUGUACAUUCUAUA